AUUUACUAUUUUCUGAGUUACCUAGUAGUCAACCUUCUUUUCCUAGAAACUCGAAAAAAACUCGAAAUUCUCAGUGUCCAAGAAUGGAAAUGGUAACCAUGUAUAAUACAGCCCCUGGCGAUAAAUUGCCAAUGGAACCGCAACUGAAAGAGCUCAGUUUUCGGGACUGCAAGUACAAAAAACGAAUUCCAACGAUUUUCAAGGACUUGCGACUGCCCAAGCAAAAAAGCAUCGUGCAUGUAAUGAAGGACUUUUGGCUGCAGAGGAAGCAUCCCGAUUUCCUGGUGCGGAUCGGGCAGCACAGCUUUCCCUGCGACCGCCUGGUCCUAAUGGUCUACAUAGAUCAAGUGAGGCGUAGCAAGGACAUGUUGGAGCUACAACUGCCAGCGAAAUUUGUUAGGCCGGAAGUCUUUGAGCUACUACACCGCUGGAUGACUGAUCAGAAACCGUUGCUAAAGCGUCCGGGCAUUGUUAGUCUGCUGAUUGCUGCGGACUACCUCAACAUCAGUGAAUUGUCGUCCCAGAUCUGGGCUUGCUUGGAUCCGAUCUCGGGUUUCGCCGAGCAUCAGGCCAUCCAGGUGGCCAUGGAUGCACUGCCCCUUCGGAAGAUGAGUCAAUUGCACUACAUGAUGCUGCAGCGUAUCCAAUACUCCUUCCUCAUUUUUGUAUCCACGGUCGAGUUCCUCGCCUUGCCCAUCGAAAGCGUGAGUGCCCUGUUCUCCUCGAAUGACAUAAGGAUUAACAGUGAGGCGGAGGUGCUCUACGCCGCCAUCCGUUGGCUGAAUUACGAGUGGCCCAGCCGCAAGAAUUUCGCGUUGCAGCUAAUGGAAAAGGUGCGACUUUCCAGGCUGCCCGCCAAACUGCUCCAAGUGCUGGAGUCGCCGGUGGGGGACACGCGUGUAGACCGCAUCAUCCAGUUGCCGGUGGUAAAAGCGCUCAUAGAGAAGGGCAACUUCGACCAAAUAGCGACGGACUUGGACGACGGAAGGGGUUGGUAUCGGGAGAUUUAUGAGAUCUUUGACGUGGCACUGGUGCCACCACGUCGAUUCAUCUGUCACGAUUUGGCACCGUACCACGAACCGAAGCCAGAGUCACCUGACCAGGUGUUCGCGUACAAGGACUUCCUCGACUACCUGGGCCUCCUGCAGACACUGCCUUUGGACACCUUGCAGCUCCUCGCAGAGCCCCUCUGAUGGUGCAAAUGGCAUCGAUUCCUCGACGGAUACAUAUUCGCUGCUCCUCUACUCCUCCUGCUCCUCUGCCCGACGACCUUGAUGAUGAUGAUGAUGAUGAUGAUGUGGCUGUGCAAGAUGGCAGCGAUCGUGCUGCGUGGCAGUAACAGCAAAUUUGCAUUACCUGGGCAGGUGUGUUCCUGCCUCCACUUCCCCAAAUGAGCUUAAUGCCAGUCGCGCUUGAACGAGGGCUGAUCGAACAGUUUGUUUGACAAACAAGCAAAUAUUAUACAACUUUUUUUAUAUUUUUAAUAAAAUUAUUAUUGAUUUAUA